AUGAACCAUACGAUUACAUGCAGCUGUAGAGAAGACCUCUGCAAUAGAAUGGCUAAUGUAAAGACCAUAAUAGGAGAAAACCUCAAAGGUCCAGCAGAUGUUUCUUUUUGCAACAAUUCUGAUAUGACCAUGGCUGAUUGCAUACAACUGCUGAAAUGCCUUCUAGCUAAUCUGGAGCUAAAAAUAAACACGCAUCAAAGUUUCGACGACUAUUUCGACAAUAUUUCUAUCAAUGAGGUAGAACAACUUCCAAGAAAUAAACACAGCAGACUCAAGCACUUUCAAAACGAGGAUAACAAUUUUUUCUUUAUCCUGAUUAUACUGGUCAUGGUAGCAUAUAUUGUCAUCAUUGUUGUGAUUAUGGUUGUAGUAAAUCGUCCAAGAGAUGCCACUCAGUUGAGCAGCGAAAAAUCAGCACGACUGAAGGCAUCACGAGCAGAGGCUUAUAACGAAGAGAGAAUUGAAGCUGGAAAGAUUGUUCAGUUUCGGUGCUGA